AUUUUUAGAAUAAUGUGGGACCCUAAUGCAUCUAUUUAAGAAAAAUAAAAAAUGGAGUAAUAUAUGAAAGAGAAGAUUCUAGAAACUUUCAAUUUAUUUGCUCAAGAUAAAAAAGGUUAUGUUGAUAAAAAGUAAUAUUGGCGUAUAAUAUAAAAGGGAAAUUCCAUAUAUAAUGAGAUUCUUAGGGAAAUUUCCUAGUGAAGCUUAAGUGAGCAAAACUAUUCUUCCAUAAAUUGAAGAGGAUGAGCCUAGUGAGUCAAUCAAAUAUUAAAAAUUUGAACCAUUCAUGAUUUAAGGUAAUAUUUGACUUACAAAUUUUAGUAUUAAAGAGCAAUGAAUAUGAUCCAGAUGAUACAGAUACAUUAUUAGCAGCAUUUAGAUAAUUAGAUGAAGAAAAGAAAGGAUAUAUUGAAAUUGAUACAUUAAAAUAAAAGCUUACUACUAUGGGGUAAUUAUUAAAUUUAUUAUAUCAUAUAGUAUUCAAUUUAGACCUUUAGAGAUUGAUGACUUUAUCAAAUUUGCUACAAAUGGAGAUCCAAAGUAUAAUUAUUUAUUAAUUCUUUUAGUGCAACUGUUAUCUAUUAUGAAGAUUAUAUUUUGAGAUUACAAUUCUUUAUUGAGAAACAUAUGGAAUCUGUUACAAAAUAAUACAAUCCUGAAAAAUGA